CUUCCAUCUCAUCCACUGAUAGGAUUUGACAUUCCUCCCAUAUGUGAGAAAUGUCAGCUGCUUCUCGUGGAUGUACCAACGGCACCUCUCUCCCAAUGUGCUCUGAGGAGUCGUCAGGUCCUCUUGCUGUAAUUAUCAUCCCCUGUCUGUUGGCUUUGAGCACAGCUCUGGUGGUGCUUUUGAUUUUGUGCAGUCUGCACAAGAGCAAACAAAGACGACAGAGCGUCUCAGCUCACUUCACAAACGGCCAGCAGAGUGUGUCCCUGUCUUUUGCUUCUACGUGCACUCCAAAAGUCCAGGCAGCUUUGUUGCCCUGGGAAAUCCCAGAGGAGUGUUCUCUCCAGGGACUGGAGUUUUGGCAGACAGGCCACUUCGGUCCCAUUUGUAAAGGUCUGCUGAAGAAGAGAAACGGGGCCUCUUCUGCAGUGGUGGUGAAGUCGCUCAGAGAUGGACUCAACCAAUCCAAAGCUAUGGAGUUCAUGGAUUGGAUCAUCUUCAACGCCACAGUGUGUAAACAUGAGAACGUGGUGCGGAUGUUUUACUGCCAAACCGAACGCCUGCCCAGGUGUCUGGUCUUAGAGGCCUACAGCCCGGGGAACCUCCUUCACUUCCUCUGGACUCUAAGAAAUCGGGAUUCAAACUGUGCAGAUCCAUCUCUGAACUUCUCUGAGAGGUCAGUGUUUCUGGUGGCAAAGCAGAUUGCAGCUGGUUUGGACUACCUGAUGUCUGAGCAUAGGCUGGUGCACGGUGAUGUUGCUGCCAGGAACAUCUUAAUUGGCCCCGGCCUCUCAGCUCGAGUGUCGGGGCUGGGCGUGGCAUUUGAAGGACGCAGACUGGAUUCAGCAAUUGGGCAGAGGGCAGCAGAGGUGCCUCUCAAAUGGCAAGCUCCGGAGAGGAUCAUGAUGCAGCUCAGCAUCGACAGGAGCGACGUGUGGUCAUUUGGAAUCGUACUGUAUGAACUGAUUACCUUAGGUUCUCCUCCUUAUCCUGAACUGGAGCCUCUUUCUGUGCUACCAAAGCUGCAGGGGUCUUACAGAAUGAAGAGACCAAACAACUGUGGAGGAUCUUUGUAUGAUCUUAUGAAGUACUGUUGGAUGUGGAGUUUCAAAGACCGCCCUCCAUUCUCAGCCAUCAUCAAGCUUCUGGAGUCCUCGCUGCCUCGAGUGGCUACUGAAGAGAUUUGUGUUCCUGAGGUCAUUGACAUAUCUGAGUAUAACAGGAACGCCGGACUGCCCUGAUUGACUCUAAUGUGUUUAUCACAUUGCAAUGUAGUUACUGAUUACCGAUGGGCGUAAACUACUGAACCAAUGAAUGUGUGACCCUCCUAUGUGUAAACAAAACAAAGUUUACAGUCAAACAUUGAUGAUAUAACAAAGGAUACUGAAAGCAACUUAUUUCAUUAUUACUUCUUUAUUGUCAAAAAUGUACAGACCUAUUAGCAGAGCUCUUUUUCUUCAUUAAGAUGUUAACAUACUUGUAUCGUUGGUCAUAGCACAGUUUGAACCUGUAAUGCUCUUGGCAUGCGUACAUUACUGUGACUUUUGAAACCAAAACAACCACACAGGAAAGCUGAAUGCUCUAUUGA